CAUUUACACUUUUUGCAAGAUUUAUUUUGUAAACAAACAUUUUAAGCGGAAUUCUGUGUUUUAUUGGAAGGAAUACUUAAAAAUAUUAAGUGCAAUGUGUUCAUGAUUAAUCCGAGAUACUAAAAAGAGACAUUUUAAAGCCUAAUUCCAAAGUUAAAGCAUUUUUUUCAAGCUAAAAGUGACUGUGUGGCCCAUUAUUUAGAAAAUGCCAAAAAAGCACGUGGUUGAAGCCAGCUCAAGCCAAGAAAUAGUUUCUGGUCAGCGUUCGCCAAGCAAGAAACGAAAACACAAGGAAGUCGUAUCCUCUACGGAACUGGACACCACUUUCUCCCAAGAUGACGAGAUUACGUUUAAACCUUCCCAGACUGAAAUAAAUGAUACACAAUGGACGGAAGCUGAUAAAGAAAUUCAUAUAUGGACAGUGAAACAUAUAAAUCAGUUAAUGAACAAUAUGGAGGAGGCCAUUAUGAAGCUAGAUGAUGGUACAAGAACAUGUACAGGUUUAGAGAAAGCUAUCAAUUGGGAUGAAGUAAAAUUCGGAAGGUUUUCAGUCUAUGAAUGUAAGAUGAUGUGGCACAGAAUACAGAAGAAGGUGAAACGACAUCGGACCGUCAGUGAAUUUUACAACGCUGCUAAACAGGUUCUUGAUCAAGAUCCAAAAUUUUUUAUUAGGAAUCAGAAAAGAUACACAGCUGAAGAACUGUACGUGGAAAAGAAAUUAGACGACUUUAUAGAAGCUAAUCCUGAAACACCCAUGCAGCAGGCUAUUGAAGAGUUGAAAGUAAAAUAUGAGAAUUUAUCAGACAAGAGAAAGGCAAAAUAUGAAGAGAAGUCGACCGCUGUGAAGAAGAAAAUUACCAAAUCUAGUUCGAAUAAAUGUCCCAAGCCUCCCCAACCUGUUGAUUUUUAUAUCGAGUCCAAGCUACCGUCAGUGAUGGAGAAAAAACCAGAGCUUUCUGAGUUUCAAGCUAUAAAUUAUUGCCGACAUAAAUACAAGAAAUUGAAAGAAUCCAAGCAGAUUAAAUACAUCAAUAAAUGUAUAGACCACUUCCCUUCAUAUCAGGAAGAAGUCAUUGAAUAUUUGAGUGAAAAUCCAGAAAAAGAAGUGAAAAUGGCAUCUAAUUACAUCAACAAAAAUGAAAUGGCUACCAAAUGGAAACAUGAUGGAAUUCCACACAAACCGCCAGGGACAGGAUAUUCCAUAUUUGCCCAAAACAUCAUGAAAGAUGAAGAAUUCACUCAAAACAAUCCAGUUACGGAAUAUUUUAAAAUCAUCUCUGAAAGAUGGAAGGAGGUGCCCUUGGAAGAGAAACAGAAAUAUAAUGAGGAAUCACAUAAGCUGAAGGAAGCCUAUAAAACCGAAAUGAAAGAGAAGUUACUAUCUUUACCAGAAGAAGAACGCGAGCUUCUGACCAAAACUGUGAACCUACCCACUCUAGAGAGUCUAGAACCUUCCACUAAGAAAAAGAAAACCAAACUCAUCACAGAUUUCUGGAAGCCCAAACUUAAAGAAGACAUUUUACCUGCUACUUUUCCCGGUGAACCCAAACACAAAAUAGUAAACAGCUAUGCCCAUUUUGUUCAAGAGCACAUCCCAACUCUGUCAGGUCAUAGAGGCAGUGAUAAACUCAAAAUAUUGGGGGAAAGAUGGAGACAAAUGGCAGAGGAAGAGAAAGUGAAAUAUUUGGAAAAGGCGAAAGAAUGCGAGGCCCAAUAUCAAGAAGAACUGGCCAAAUUUAAAGAGUCUCUUAGUAAAAAAGAUCUCGCCAGAUAUGAAGAAAUCGUCAAAAACAGAUCCAAAAAAAAAUCUUCAAAGUCCAAAACAAAUUCGACAAUUACCAGCAACAAAAAGGCUGACGUCCAUGAAGAAGCAGAUGGCGCAAGUGAGGUAGAAAAUGGCACUGGGGACGAGGACAGUGACUAG